AUGGAUGAGAGAAAAGGCAACUGGUCCCUAAUGAAAGUCUUUCUAGUUUGCCUGUUGGCCUGUGUUAUCACCACCGCAGUAGGAGUGCUGGUCCUGUCCUUGGUCUAUGUACAGAACACGGCCUUUAUGAGAGCGGUGGGUGUUGAAGACAACGGUGCAUCUUCCCCGAAACCAGAUGAAAAAAGUGUGGAUGUCAAAUUCCAGUUCCUGAAUCAUCUGGGAAACUCAAAGGUAUAUAACUACCCAGGUGGUGAAAUUCAGUGGGCAAGAUUCAGGAAUGAUGUAAACGAAUAUCAAACUGAUGAAGAAAUGGUAUUUGGAAAAAGUAUCAAUAACCAUCGCUCCAAAAUGACUUUUGGAACCUUACGGAUCAAGAGCAAAGGGCUUCGGGCUCCCCACUGGCAUUUUAAUGCCAAUGAACAUGGCUACCUGCUACAGCCACAAGGUGGAGUCAACUUCAUCAGGACAUUCAAGAAACAAGAGGAAGAUCAAGCAGUUAACCUCCCGCCCAACUUAGAUGAGCUUGUACAAAAUGCCACCUACGUGCAGUCUCCGGACAGCCUUGUAUGGCAGUACUUCUACAAUCUCAAAGGGUCGGCCGAAUAUCCUUUUCCCGGAGGAAUCUUCCAGUGGGCUCGCUACCGCAUAAAUGGCACUGGACUAAAUGAAACAGAAAAAAUUUUUAGUGAGUCACUGAACAAGCAUGAAAAUACGCUUACCUUAGCAACCCUCCGGAUAUUCAGCAAUGGACUGGGGCAGCCGCAUUUCCACUUCAACGCUAACGAGAUGGGUUAUGUCAUUAGUGGCUGUGGACAGGUCGGGGUCAUUCUCUCUGGAGUCACUGCCAACUUCAACAUCGGCAUUGGAGACGUCAUAUUUUUCCCUGUCGGAACCCAACAUUACAUCAAGAGCGUGUGUGACGAGGAUUUGUUGUUGAUUCUGGCCUACAGUACAGGAGACCAGCUGGAAACUCUGCGUAUGAACGACUACUUCCACGCGACGGCAGAUCACAUCCUUGCUCAGCUGUUUCUCAAGGAGCAGGCCGAGUUUAAGAAGUUCCCAAAGCCUGCCAAAAAAUGA